UCUACCUGGCCUAAAAUAUACUACAUGUAGUACAAGCAGGCUUCACCGUGGCUCGUAAUAUGAGUGAGACCCGAUAUCGAGAAUAACACUAUCUCAACGAUCUUCAACCAUGGCUGCUCGCAUUCUCGAUCUCGACACUACGGUGGACAAGGACAGUAACCAAGAUGGCUUACUGAAGAUGCUAGCGAAACUGCGACCAGCUUGGAAGAAGGAUGACAUCAAAAUCGAGCCUCUACAACAGGGUUUAGUCAAUCACAUGCUACUCUGUAAAGCCAACGAAAACAAGGAUGAAUGGUUGGUGGCCAGGAUAUUCGGAAUAACCGUGGAGGGCUUCAUUCAAAACAGGCAGAAAGAGUUAAUCCACACAAAGUUGAUGGCGGAUUUGAAGAUUGGGCCUCCCCUCUACGCGACAUUCACCAACGGUCUUGUUUCAGGAUUCACCAAGGGAACGACCUAUUUCUGGACAGAUUUGUCCGCUUUUAAGAACAUCAAGCUCUUGAAGGCAGUUGCGCGGGCUAUGGCCAAGAUUCACUGCGAGACAACAAGGCGGAUUGCUGUCGAUGAAUAUAGGGUGGAGAAGGUGAAGCCCAUGAUGGAUGUCCUCAAAGAUUUUACACUCGAGUGGCCCGAGGUGAUAGUCGAUGAAGAAACAACAAAAUGGUUCAACAGUGAGGUACCGACCCAAGGAGAGCGGAUAAAGGAACUAGAUCUUGUGUUUGGAGGUCUGAAGGUGGUGACGGAUAAUAUUCGUGGUCAUGAACUCUCGUUUUGUCACAAUGACUGCAACCCGACGAAUGUCAUCUAUGAUGAAAAGGAAGACCACGUGACAUUUGUGGAUUUUGAGAUGUGUGGUCUCGCUGAGCCCCUGAUGGAUUUAUCCAACUUUCUGGUCACGUCUGCAACAGGCUUAGCCCCGGAUCCUCAGGGACUGUACCACAGUCCUGAAGUCUCGCGAGAAGUCGUCUUGACCUACUUCAGAGAGAUCAAUAAACAUGACAACAUCCGUGAUGACGUCACAGAGGACAAAAUCCAAGAAACUCUAGACAUAAUCGAGAUAAUAGCUAUAGCUCUGUUGUAUUUCUUCCAUAUUGCUGCAGUUAAAAUAGCGAGCCUCCCCGAGAGAUCCAUGGAUCCCAAAAUAUUUCUUGGCCUGAGUCUCGCCCGCCUCAAGUGCUACUGGCGAGAUCGCGCAAGGAUGAUAGACCUCCUGGAGAAACUGAGGAACAAAGGGCGUAAGAAUACCAAGGCAAACAAGAAGUGAAAAGGAAAAAGUAGAUCUGAAAGGAGGGUACACCUAUCCGAAUGGGCACGCUACAAGCUUCCUAGACACCGGAUAUCACGUGAUCAAAUGUGAAAGGGAGAAGAUCUGAAAGGAGAGUACACCUAUCCGAAUGGGAACGGUACAAGCUUCCUAGCCACCGGAUAUCACGUGAUCAAAUGUGUUUAUAAUCACUUUUAGCAGCAGCAUACACUACUGCUUUUAGGACUGUUGAUGAAACCACAAUCAUCACAAUCAGCUAUAGCAAUUUCAUUGGAAGUUUUUACUUAAGCACGAACUUUUGUAAAAUCACACUAACAAUCAUUUGUUUAUAUUGUUUUACCAUUGUACAUUUCACCAAUUAAUUUUAAUCGAACAUCUAAGCCAAACAAGCUGAGGCAAAAUAAUGCAUUGCCCCCCCCCCUCCCCACAACACGCAUGCGCAUGUGGAGUGAAACGCAUUGACAUUCACGGGCCUAGAAUUAAUAGAAAAGAUGUCUGUAAUAGGGAGGGCGGCGAAUCGAUGUGACAGCUGAGUCCCCAUUGUAACGCUUGACUGUCUGUUGAGGGAUUAGACUCGUGGAACAAUAGGCCCAUUCUUAGGAGGACCUGAAUGAUUCUAAUUUGGUUCUAAGGGGCCAGUAAAUGUAUUGACAUAGUCAUUCGAAAAGAAUCCAAAGAAAAAUUAUCCGACGUGGAUGUGUUAAUAGCGAGUAUUCCUCCGUAAAAGCUCAAAUCUUGAAAAUACUUUUUUGGAACGAAAACGCAAAAAACCUACAGAAACAAAGCAGGCAUACAAUACACUUUCAG